AUGUCUGAAGCUCCAGAAACUCCAGAUGUUUUAUCCAUAUUACGUCAGUGGGAUGAAGAGAAUUCUCAACCUGCAUAUGAUCCUGUCCCUACUUUGACUACGUUGGCUGAGAUCAUUGAAUCUGAAACUGAAGCCUACAUGAAAAUGGAUCCUGACCCCUUUGAUGAGAGGCAUCCAUCUAGAGCUUAUCCUAGUUGUAGUUUAGGUCACACAUUGAAAAUUUUAUUCAGGAAAGAACUCUUUAUGAUAAAGCUUGUAAAUGAUUAUUUAAGGGAUAAUUAUUAUUCACGUUUGGGAAUGAAGAACAGAGAUGUUCGGAAAUUAAAUGUAGCUGCUUGUCGUUUGAUGUUGGAUAUUACACCUGGUCUUGAAACAGCAGCUGUCUUUGAAAUGCCCACUAAUGAUGUUUUAGUUCAGAGACUAUUUUCUUGGGCGGAAAAAAGCCCAGAGCCUCUUCAGACAUAUGCCACUGGGCUUCUUGCUGCUGCAAUGGAAGUUCAAGAAAUAGCAGUUGUUUUUAGGGAACAAAAUCUUAAAUUAGUACCUCUAAUGUUAGAACGUCUUCAUAAUUUACAAUUAGAAGCUUCAGAAGAGAAAUCUGUAACUAAUAAUGUUCGACCAUUUGCCCAUUUAGGAAAUUCAGAUGGCGAGUCAUCUUUUAAAUUUAAAAAAGAUUCUAAAGGGAAUCCUGUUCCUAGCACUUCCAAAUCUAGUAAGAUUUUAUCUGAGGAUAAUCAUGUUAUUAAAUCUCCAGUUUUAGUGAAUGGACUGAAGCCAAAUUCAGAAGAAACUCAUCAUAAAACGAGAAGGCCAAGUACAGAAGGUAUGAUGUCUCCUCCGCUCAAGGCAUCUGGUUUCAACACUUCAGAUUGCAGUAAUUCUUCAUGGGCAGAAAUGGAAACCUAUGUUAUAGGAAAUAUUCAGAUGCAUCCUUUAACUCUUGCUACUAGGCAAUUAUUUAUUCUGAAGUAUCUAACACCAAUGGGAGAAUAUCAAGAGUUUUUGAGUCAUGUCUUCGAAAAAAAUGCACUUGAAUUGAUUCUGCAAUUUAUUAAUUUAAGAGAGACCAAGAACUCACGACUUUCUUUUGAAGCACUGAAAUAUUUAGCUGCUCUGCUGUGUCACAAGAAAUUUUCUAUUGAAUUUAUAAAUGUUAAUGGAUUACGGAGGCUGCUUGAAGUUCCUAGACCAAGCAUUGCAGCCACAGGUGUUUCAAUUUGUUUGUAUUAUUUGGCAUACUGCGAGGAUGCCAUGGAACGUGUUUGUCUUUUACCACAAAGAAUCCUUUCUGAUUUGGUUAGAUAUUCUUUAUGGCUGCUGGAAUGCUCACAUGAUUCUGGGAGAUGUCAUGCUACAAUGUUCUUUGGGUUGUCAUUCCAGUUUAGAGUAAUUCUUGAAGAAUUUGAUGCUCAAGAUGGCCUAAGGAAACUUUAUAAUGUGAUAAGUACACUGUCAAUAUUAUCUGUUGAAACCUCUGACCUAAUGAAUGAAGAUGAAGAGUGUUCUGCCAGGCAGAUUGUCCGUCAUGUAUCUGUUGCUCUGAAGCGUUAUUUUGAAGCUCAUCUGUAUAUCAGGUCAGAGCAAGUUAAAAGAGCUCAUUUUAGGGACAAUAUAGAACAUUCAAAAUUAGCUACCACACUCCCAAGCUAUAAGGCUUGCAAAAGCAGUCCUGAAGAUGUAAAAGAACAAUUAAAUAUACUCCUGGAGUAUAUGUCUUUCCGUGCACAAUGGCAUCCUGUCGAUAAUUUAUUAAGAUUAGGAGGAAUAACAUUACUUCUUCAAAUUAUAGCCUUUGCAUAUGAUUGGAACUAUCCUGGAAGAGGAGAAACUGUUCGUAGUGUACUAGAUGUGCUUCGAGUUUGUUCUGUGAUGCCAAAAGUUCAAAUGACACUUUGUUCAAAUGUUGAUUUGCCUGAUGAUAAUAAUAUGAUGGGAAUAAAUGUAAUCCUUGGUGCAGCAGAGGGAGAAAUUGUUACAGAUCCUGAUGUUCAGCGAGCUGCACUUCAUGUUAUCAUGACUUGUGUUUGUGCUCCCAUCUACAGGGUUGGUGGAGUGGUAGCACGAUAUUCUUCUGGAGGUUCCAGUAAAAAGCGAACUAACUUGUUUCGGAGUAGUGAAGAAGUAAUUGAAAAAGUUUGGGAAUGCUUAAGAACUACAAAUGGAAUCAUGGUGUUAUUGAAUUUAAUUCAAGUAAAAAUGCCUAUAACUGAUGCUGAUUCUAUUAGGGGAUUAGCAUGCCAAGCUUUAGCUGGUCUUGCUAGAAGUGAGACUGUAAGACAAAUAAUUAGUAAACUUCCUUUGUUUACAACUGGCCAGUUACAGAAUCUUAUGCGAGAUCCUAUAUUACAAGAUAGAAGACAAGAACAUGUUGCUUUUCAAAAAUAUGCUUUGGAGCUUCUAGAGAGGGUCUCUGGUAAAAGAAAACCAAAGAAUGAACAAGAACCAUCACUAUCUAAUAUACACCGAGCAAAUGUUGUGGCUCAAACUCGUAUACAGUUUAAUGAAUGUGACCUUCUUCAGUUGAUUCAUCAGCAUUUGCAAAACCAUGGGUUUAUAGACAGUGCAGAAGCCCUUCAAAAAGAAGCUGGUUUACCACCUAUCAAACCUCCACAGCCACAGAUAGAUAAGUUUCUGUCUCCUUUUACAUAUCAGCAGAGAGUUACCCCAACAAGGAAUCGAAACCAACGUCAAAUUCCAAAAGCUGAUGUAGAAUCGGUAACAAAACCUCCAGGUCCCAUUAAACUUAAUAUUGGACCUAUGUCAAGUUCGCUGAAGAAACCUGAUGUAAAGUUGCCAACUACUCCAGUUGGGCGUUCAUUGGAGAAAAAAAUUCAUUAUCAAGUAACUGAUAUUUCUCAAAAACCAAAGGAACCGAAUGUUACUCUUGACUCUAUUAUAACUGAGUAUUUAACUAAUCAGCAUGCUCUUUGUAAAAAUCCAAUGUCAACGUGUCCACAGUUUACGCUUUUUGAACCUCACAAAUGUCCUGAUCCUAAAGCACGAAACAGGAUAGCUACUAAUUUUGCUGUAAGGCAUAGCAGGAGUAUACGAUCAAAAAGAUUAGAUCAAAGGUUAAUACAUUCCAAAUUCUGUUGUGUUCAUAUUUUCCGAUAUGGUGAUGACAAUGCUUUUUUCACAUGCUGUGAUUUUUAUGGAAGAGACAAAUAUGUAAUAAUAGGAUCUCACCAAGGAGAAGUGAAAUUGUUCAACUUACAAACAGGAGCUGAAGUUUCUGCUCAUCAGUGUCAUGAUUCCUAUAUAUCUCAAGUUCAGUGCUCACGGACCAACAACCUUCUUUUGACAUCUUCUACCUGGAGAAAACCUCUGUCAGCUUGCUGGAAUCUAAAGGACUUGAGCUUUGAGGAAAUGUUUAAAAUGGAUGAGGAAGAUUAUGUCGAAUUUGAUAAACUCGAUGGAACUCGUAUUAUAGGAACAAAAAAUGUAUCAGCCACGAUUUAUGAUGUCAAUACCGGUAAAUUAAUAAGUACAUUAACACCUUCAUUAUCAAACCAGUAUACAAAGAAUAAAGCAACAUUCUCUCCAACUUGUGAGUUGGUAUUAUCUGAUGGUGUCCUUUGGGAUGUAAUGUCAGGAAAAGAAAUACAUAAGUUUGACAAACUGAACCAAACUUUGAGUGGUGUAUUCCAUCCCAGUGGCCUUGAGAUAGUAUCAAAUACUGAGGUUUGGGAUUUAAGGACAUUUCAUCUGCUAAGGACUGUUCCUGCAUUGGACCAAUCAGAAGUGAUUUUCUCCCCUCCUGGCUAUACAAUUUAUUCAGUCACUGUAGAAAGGGAAAUUGAAGAUGAUUCCCAAUAUGAAAAUUCUUUUAAAACUCUUGAUGCAUAUGACUACUCCAGUAUUGCCACUAUUGAUGUCAAGAAAAGCAUUUAUGAUUUAGCUUGCAAUAUGAGAGAUACACAAAUAGCAUUGGUUGAAAAUCAGGGUAUGUUUGACAGUGUUCAAGAAUCUAUAGUGAAAAUUUAUGACAUAGGCCGCUCAAGAACCACUGAUGAUGAACCUGAGGAAGAUGAUGAGGAUGACGAUGAUAUUGAUGCAAGUGAUGGUUCAGGAAGUGAUGAUGAUCCACCGAAUGAUUCUUUACCAUUGGAUUAUUUAGAAGAUUCUAUGGAUCAUUCAGCUCAUUCUGAUGAGGGUGGUCAGGGAAACAGCAAUGGAGAGGAUGAUGAUGAUGAUGACGACGACGACGAUGAUGAUGAUGAUGAUGAUGAUUUUGAUGAUGAAGACUUUGAAAUGGACAUUCACCUGCCAAGUAUUGAUUUUGAAUUUCAUGAUCCCCAAGAUUCGGACAAUAGUGCUAGUUAA